AUGUAUAUGCUCUUUGGUGUCUUUCUCCUCUCUAUGGUCAUUGGGACUGGUCUUUACUUAACGCGCACUACCUGGACUCCUUACCUUCCAGACCGUCUCCAAGAUCUCAUCUACAGUACCUAUACGCGUCUGCCCACGACCAGCACCUUUAUGAACGACGUAGAAUCCGGUUUCCAGUCCUCAAACUUCAAUCUCGCUGAGAACAUUGGUGAAGGCGACUCAAGAUCCGGCCUGGAUCAGAAGGGCAAGCAGGAAGUAUACAGGAUCAUGAAGAGCCAUGGUGUUGGGUUUGACGAGGCACGAGCACUAUGGACGCAGAGAAGUUUCAGGAAGGCAGGAAUCGGAGCUGACGGGCUGCCGAAUGAUCCUAAGCUUGUUACCUUUGGGAAAAGAUGA